AUGACUCCGGAUAAACAUUGGUUUGAGGAUUUGAAGGAGUUGGACCAACAUGUGCACGUGGAGCUUGCUAAUGGAAGCACUUUGACCAGCUCAAUGGUGGGCACAAUCAGAGCACAAGCACCUGAUGGGACAACGGUGCGUUACACCGAAGUGCUCUACGUACCCGGAUUGAAGUCCAACCUCCUCUCUUACUGUCAGCUGUUGAAAAAGGGAGCUCGGAUCAACGCAAAUGCUAAUAGCGAUGCCGAGAUCACCAUGCCUGUUGAAGAUGGGCAUGUACGGAUUGGACUUGGCAAGGAUGUGCAUGGAGUGCUCAUGGUGGAGUAUGAGCCAGCACUUACCUGUGCCCAUGGACCUGGACAUACUGAUGGAGAUGCACCAUCAAAUGCGCAUAGCCAUGGAGGGUUGAACGGUCAAUCCGCUACUGCAUCUGUCACCUACCGUAUCGCGCACAUGGCUCGCGUCGUGGGGAACAUGACACGUGAUGGCGACAAGGGCACUCAUUUACCGGGCACGUUUGAUGAUAUGCUGCUGGACGCUGAGACAUUGCUUGGACACCAGCAGCACAUGAAUGAAGUCUCACCCCACGUUGCGGUGUGGACUUCAGGGGGAGAAGGAAAUGACGAUGGACCAAAUUUUGGAAAACAUGAUCUACCUGGACAUGAUGCAACUGCUACGGUCGAUGCAGCCAAGGAAAAGGGAGGUGCUGCAGCGAAUGACUUACGUGCAGCAAAUGUCUUUGUACCAGCUGAGGAUGGAAGUGACACUGGAAGCAAGGUGGGAUAUGCAACUACAGCCGCGUGUGCGGCCUCCAACCGAUUCCCCAUGGCGCAACUUUUGCAAAUGGUCAACAAGUCAAUGGUGCUGGUGCAACACUCACAUGUGCAGACUUCUCGCGAUGUGCUGGACAGCAAGGCGUUACGUAACUCCUCACACCUCACUCGUGUGUUUGCAACCAUGUGCAAGCUCGCAUACACACGAGUGAGAGGGGGAGUGGGGUGUGGGAGCGUCACGCGCUGGAUUGGGAGGCAUAAGUGCGUUUACAACUUCAUGGCUACAAGGAAGUUAUGGAUCGUUCAGCAUGAGUCAACCUACUGUUACAAGACAAGACAAGGGGUCACUGCUGCUGCCGUUGUGUGCCAGCAGCUGCUGCUGCAAUCGGUCUGCACUUGCUGA